AUGAACUAUGCUUCUGAGCCUCAACUCCUCUUCUUCUUCAGAGUAAUCAUAUAUCAUGCGCUAAGAACUCCUCUUCUUCUUCUUCACAAAUGCUACCCUGCAAACUCUUCUCUAACUUCAAGUAGCUUAUUAGCACAAGACCAGAGUUGCAUUUCAUGGCUAAACACACAAGCACCAAAAUCUGUUAUUUAUGUUAGUUUUGGGAGCAUUGCAGCAAUAAAGGAAACUCAGUUUUUGGAGAUAGCCUGGGGGCUAGCCAACAGCAAGCAGCCCUUCUUGUGGGUUAUUCGACCCGGAUUAGUCCAUGGGUCAGAUUGGCUUGAAGCAUUACCUAGUGGGUUUCUUGAGACCUUGAAUGUUAAGGGGCACAUUGUUAAAUGGGCACCUCAAAAAGAAGUGCUUGCCCAUCAAGCGGUUGGUGUGUUUUGGACUCACAAUGGCUGGAAUUCUACAUUGGAGAGUAUCUGCGAGGGGGUACCUAUGAUUUGUAUGCCAUGUUCUUCUGAUCAAAUGAUGAAUGCAAGAUAUGUAAGCGAUGUUUGGAAGGUCGGGUUGCAGUUACAACAUGGGGUCGAGAGAGUCAACAUUGAAAACACCAUUAGAAGACUAAUGGUGGAGAAAGAAGGGGAAGAGAUCAAAAACAGAGUUUUAAGGCUAAUGCAGAAGGCAAAUUUUUGCCUCAAACAAGGUGGCUCAUCAUACCGAUCCUUAGAUGCCUUGAUCAAACACAUUUUAUCAUUUAAAUGAAUUGUAUUUCCAGACUCAUAAUCAGUCAUUGAUUAUAACGUGUAUGUAGGUCAUCAUUUACAAUAAAAAAAAAAUCUAGUAAUC